UUCAGCCAUCUAAUCUUAAUGUAUCCAGAUCUCAAACACCAGUACCUAGCUCCCUAUCUCCUAUAGUUCAUGUUCGUGAAAAGGAAACUACUCAUUUAUCUAUAGAGGAUUUGGCCAACUGGCUAGUGAAUCCUGAGAUAAAAAACAACCCAAAAGAAGAUUCAAAGGAUCUAGAUAAAAAAAUGCCUUGGCCGGUUUCAUUUCCAAAUAAUGAAGAGCACCGAAAAGUAUGGCAAAAAGGAAUUCAGACAGCAAAAGAUAUGUUUAAAGUAGAUGGUGCUGAAUAUACAUUUUUGAUCUGGUUUGCAACAAUUGAGGAAGAUAAAAUAUAUGAAGCCGAAAUGACCAAAGAACAUGCCAAGAAAAUUUUAAAUACAAUAGAUAAUGAUAA